CUAAACAAACUCGCGCUUUUCUAAGAACUUUUACCAAUCACUAAUUCUUAACUUUUCCGCAAUGUCUAACACAUCACAUGUUUUAUGAUUCAUGUUGGAUUAAGUAAAAUCCGUUCGUCAAAUUUGGUUGGAUUAAGUAAAAUCCGUUCGUGAAAGUAUAUUAAAAAUUGCGAUAAUAUUAUUAUUAAAUAAACGUUUUUAUUCAUAUUGAUAUCACAAUACUCUCUUUAGUUCCUUUGGACCUGUACUUAAGUUGUUCAAUUCUUCUAAACACACUAAUAUGGUCUGUGAUCUGAAACCCGAAUGCUCAUUUACAUCAUGGUAUCCACAAUUUCACAAAGAUUCCUUGGAAGCCAGAAUUCUUAAUGUUCCCAAUGACGUACUCGAGUAUUUGGAAUAUGAUGCAUUUCUUUUACCUGUCGAGGCAACAAACGAGCCUGUAGAAAGUGAAGUAUGGACAGAUUCAAUAACAGGUGAAGAGUAUUCGCCUGAACUUCCACCAACAUUUCCAGAAUUCAGUCAGAGAAUUCAAGAUGUCAUAGAUGAAUAUGGUGCAGUUUUUGUUAAGAGCAAUUGGAGUUCACCUUCUGAUGCAACUUGGAUUGCACCCACCAAAACUCUUAAGUGCAAAACUCUAGAAGAGGUGUACUUAUUACUGAAGGGUUCUGAUAGAAUUGCGAAGGAUUUAAAUAAAAUUAAAAGUUACACAAACAGAGGCAUUCCUUUGGAGUUUUGUCUUAUAUUGAAACAAUGGAGAGACAUUAAUCCCUGCACUGAAUUUCGAUGCUUUGUGGUAAAAAAUGAACUCAUAGCAAUCAGUCAACGAGAUAUAUCACAGUACCACAGCUACAAUGAAUCAGAAAAAUACAACAUUCAAACAGAUAUUAAAAGCUUGUUCAUGGAGCGUAUCAAAGACAAGUUUCCAUUGAAUGAUUAUUCGUUUGAUGUAAUUCGCUACAAGAAAGAAAAAGUAAAGAUUGUUGACUUUGGUCCUUUGGAUGAAUCAUCGAUCAAAGGUACGCUCUUUACGUACGAAGAGUUACAAAACCAGAUUAUUGACACACCAGAAUUUCGAUUUAUCGGUGAAGAGAUCGGUAUUCAACCGAAGCCUCCAAACCACUUCUGCAUCCCUCAAGAAAUAAGUGAAUUUUUCCAGUCAAAUGAUACUACCGCGUUAUUAGAUAUUAUUCAAAGAGAAGUAGAGAAUCAGCGGAAUGAAGAAGAAGAAUCCGAUUCUGGCGCUAUAAAUUAAAUUUAAUUGUAUUCACGACCGGCAAUGAAUACUAAAAUGGAAUUUACGUUGAUACAUGCAUCCGUUAUUGUUAUUCGUGUUUCAAACGUAAAAACGUUCUGACCAUGUCGAACGAAGCUUCGUUACCUUUAAAGUAGCGUGUAUGCCUGUAAAUAGGUAUAAUCGAAGACAAAGAAACAAAUAAAUCGAAUAAACGAAUAAAUGUACUCUCGGGAAACACGUUUAAGUACAGAA